AUGCUGCUCGCAACUCCCGCGCCCGAGACCAGCAAUCCGCGACAAGGCCACGGGGCUUUCGACACGUACCGUUUCGUGACGGAGCUGGAGCGAGCUGGAGUUCCAAAGGGGCAGGCGGUUAUGAUUAUGGAGCAGGUGCUGUUGGCCAUCAGCGAGGCAAACACUCGUCAGAUUGCGCUGGUGGCGACGAAGCAGGACCUGCUCAGCCUGCAAUCUGAAAUCAACGAGAAGGUCUUUUCUUCCACUCUGCGAUACGACCCAGCAGCCCCGAGUAUCCAGUCGGAAACCAUCCGGAGAGUACUCGUUGGCCGUUGUGGAUGUGUUUCAGACCUCGCCCAACGGCACCUGAAGGAGCUGAUGCAGAGGGACCUGAUGCAGGUCAAGGCCGACGUUCGCUCGGAGGAGAAGUUCGAUUUUGCUAAGCUUCACGACGAGAUUACCGAGCUGGAGAAGCGGGUUUUCCAGCGACGAGAAACCGACGAGGUUCGCUUCACGCAGGUGCAUACCGAAAUCGCGGCCCUGGAGCGACGAGUCAUCCUACAGUACGGGAUCGGGUUCUUUGGCAGCGUCAUCGCCAUGGGAUUGGCUGUCGCUCGCAUCGCCGCCUUGCAAUCGUGAUAGUAUCCUAGGUGGUGCGGGGCGUACAAUGCGUCAUGCCAGCAUCGUCAGGUCGAUUUUUGUUGAUCGAGGGAGAGCUGGUGUUUGAUUUCGCAGCUCGAACUGUUCCGAAAAAAAAAAAAAAAAACUUGAUUGUUGCGGUACAGGGAGUACAUACACCCUCCUUUGUUGGGUGAGUUAUGUACGAAGCGAUUUGGUUGCCCUAGGAGGAUCGUUCCCUCUCUCCCGUUUUUGUCAUUUGGGCCCUGUACACGUGAACCCGUCUUCUUGUUGUGAUUUCUUCCCGAGUUUGCCAUUCGCUUCUAGUGUACAGAGCUCCCGGCCCUCUCGUAGGGUUGUAGGUGCUACAGUUUUGAAUCCCCUUUGA